GCGUGGCGGCCCCGGCGGCGGCGGCGCUCGCGUUAGGACCCAGCGGAUCCAGGCUGGAGGGCGGGCGCCGGCCCCGUCGGGGGCCCGGAGGGGGGUUUGGAGCGGGCAAAGGGGCGGCUCCGGCGGGCGGACUCGGAGCGGGCCGCGGAGUGACCCGGCCAGCUGUCCCCUGACACCAGCCCAGCCCGCCUCAUUGUGUAACCAUGAGAGCUGCCUACCUCUUCCUGCUGUUCCUGCCUGCAGGCCUGCUGGCUCAGGGCCAGUACGACCUGGAUCCGCUGCCUCCGUUCCCAGACCACGUCCAGUACACCCACUAUAGCGACCAGAUCGACAACCCGGACUACUAUGAUUAUCAAGAGGUGACUCCUCGGCCCCCGGAGGAGCAGUUUCAGUUCCAGUCCCAGCAGCAAGUCCAACAGGAAGUCAUCCCAGCUCCCACCUUAGAACCAGGAACUGUAGAGACGGAGCCCACGGAGCCUGGGCCUCUGGACUGCCGCGAGGAGCAGUACCCGUGUACCCGCCUCUACUCCAUACACAAGCCUUGCAAACAGUGUCUCAACGAGGUCUGCUUCUACAGCCUCCGCCGUGUGUACGUCAUCAACAAGGAAAUCUGUGUCCGCACGGUCUGUGCCCACGAGGAGCUCCUGCGAGCUGACCUGUGUCGUGACAAGUUCUCCAAAUGUGGCGUGAUGGCCAGCAGCGGCCUGUGCCAAUCUGUGGCAGCCUCCUGUGCCAGGAGCUGCGGGGGCUGCUAGGGUGGAACUGGCACCCCGAGCCCUGGACCCUCCUCGGAUCUGGGGCCCUCAGGCUCUGCCUGACAUGGUGCUUUUCUCCCCAGCCAGAUGUUCCUUUUAUCCUGUAAAAAGUUAGUGGCUGCGGCGCCGGGGGUUGCCUCAGGCCCUUCCCCCAGCCUGUGGCCACCCUUGGGGCACAAAGGGGGCUCCCCAGUGUCCAGUCUCCGCCCCCAGGUGGCAGACAUCCCAGGCCUUUCUAUGGGACCUGGGCCCCUGAUGUGCCUUCUCCAUCCCUCUGAGGACAGACCCCCCCCCACUCCAGCCCCACCCCAAGGUAGGCUAUGACCCUCACCCCAGCUGGUCUGCUUGGAUUUCCUACAGCCCCUGGGCAUAGACCACCUUUGUUUUAUACAAAAUUAAA